AUGAAAAAUAUAUUGAAUCAACAUCCUAAAUUAAAGAUGCUAGAAAUGUGUGGCAUCAGGAGGUUGAACAUGGAAGAUUGUUUGUUGAUGAUGAGCAAACACAUAAAUGGGCUUCCUGACCAGAUGGAGUUGGAGGACAUUGAAGACUGCACUGUUUGGAGGCCUGUCUGGUCUGAGCAUGUUGACAACAUGGUCAAUCAAAGGUUCCUUGGAGCUGUGGUGGAUGCCAUCAUGCAAGAGGAAAUGGCCAAACAUGCCCAGAGCAAAGGGGAGCUGGAAGAUGAUGAUCAUGUCUCUUCUACUGUCAAGAUGAUGGCAAAGCAAUACUGGAGGACACUCAUGUCUGAAAUUUGUGCUGCUGCCAAUCCAACAAAGCAGGAGAAGGUUGAUGGAAGACUUAGGGAAAAGCAUCAUCAAACUAGGUGGUCACAGCUGACUGAUUGUCAACAAGAAGCUGUGAGAAAAUUCAAAAGGAAAUAUGAUGUCCAAGGGGCAGACACCAUGCUUGAUUCUGCCUUUGGUUCCAAUCAUUAUUCUGUUGGUGAAGAGGGUUGGAGUCCAGACUCCAACAGUAUGUUGCAUUUCUUCAUAUCCUCGACUCCAUACACAAGCAAUGGCAAGAAAGAAGAGAGGGCAUCUCUGGCAUGGAUCAUCCUACAAAAAUGGGACAACUUCACACCAAGCUUUGGCCCUAAUCUGUCCAAAUUGGAGGACAGGCCUCCUCACUCCAACAAGGCUACACCAAUGAUACCUUUCAAGAUGAUGAUAAAUGAUGCCUGGCUUACUGCACAUCCAAGUCAGCAGGUCAUAGAUGGUAUGGACUGGCUGAAGGGGUUCUACUCAUGUGCCAAGGAGGGUGCAUCAGUAAAUCACUUUUGCUGGCCAGAGCUGUCCAGCACUGGACAGAUUCCCUAG